AUGUCCGACGAAACACGAGUCAAGGCCACAAUCUACGUCACCGGCCUAGACCCCACAACAACCACCUCUUCAACCCUCUACACCUUCUUCCUCCCCUUCGGUCCAAUAACCGACAUACACCUCCCUCUCGACAAAUCCACAUCAUUACCGAAAGGUUUCGCCUAUGUCGAAUUCACAGAUGCCAUCGAUGCCUCUGCCGCAAUCGAUAACUUUGACCAAGCAGAGUUAUUCGGACGGGUCAUAAGGGUUAGUCAGGCGAAGAACUUGGGUUUUAGGGAAGGUGGUGCCGGGAGGGUGGAAAGUGGUCUUGGAAGUAAAGUUGCGGUUUGGGAACAGGAAGGUUGGUUGAAGAAGCAUGAGGUCGAUGAGGAGGAUAGGAAGGCUGUGGAGGGGGCGAAGGGGGUUGCUUCCUCUUCUUCUGCUGGUGGUGGAGGUGGUGGAGGGGAUCCGAUGGAAGGAUUGGAAGGGCUGGAUGUUGCUGGGCCGAAGUUGAAGGGCUGA